UGGAGGAUGUUAUCAUUGUCGCCCAUGUUUCUAGGAAGUCUUUUUGAACUUUGAUGGGAUUAAACUGCUGGUCAGCAGUGUCGGUGUGAUGGUACGGGGGCACACGGUGCUGCUGCUGGCGGUAGCACUGUGCAUGUGCCGCGCCGCAACCACACUCGACUCAGAACUUGGCGUUGGCAAGGCGAUUAACAUAUUUAUGAGAUAUGGCUACCUCAGCAUCUGCAUGCGCGUGGUUCCCCGCAACGAUACUGAGGGCUGGGUUUUCAGAGAACCCACGGUCAGCGUGUUCAGAGACGUGGAGAGGUUCUCGAUUGCUCCCAAGCCUCGCCACGCCAAGACUAUCUUUGACGGAGACUUCCACAUGGAGUUCUGCGAUAACCUGAAGCAGCUUCUGCAGGCCUACUUUAGGGAUUUUAGUUUUGAAAGGUUAGAGCGUCCCUGGCGCGCGUUCACGGCUGGCUGGCCGACGGAUAUAAUGGCGAGGAACCUCGGCAUUAACUCCUCGUUCAUCACAGGAGAUCACUGCUACGUACUCGUGAGAGUCUCCAGAUUUAGAGAAACUGCGAAACUGAACGACCUGCCUCCAAACGUAGCAGUGGAAGACGUUGUCUUCGAAGCUAUCCAGGACUCGACAAUUGGAGAUACAGUAUCCAUAGCCGACUUCAUCAGGAAAUACGGGUCUCACUACAUCGCUUCGUAUAUCACUGGUAACUCUUUAUACCAGGUAUUUGUGUUCUCCCGCGGCGUGUAUUCUCGUAUCAAAGAGCGAGUAAAGUCUCGAGGAGUUUCAGACAUUCCUCCUUCAGAAAUGAGCAACUUUUUCUCACCGUUCUUCGCUGAACACGUCGGAGCCGUCAAGGUGGCCAGUGGCAACAAGACAGUAGAAAACUGGGCAACGAAACGCCUCAGAGUUCAUUACUAUAUCUUCUCGUAUCCCAGCCUUCUAAAACUACACGGGGAACCUUCUCUAUUAAGAAGUUUAGACACGUUACUAGGAAACGAAGCCUUAUUACAAUUAGAAUUAAAAACAUUAUCGCCUGCCUUCAAAGAUGUGAAGAAAAAGAAGUGGUUUGAAGAAGUCAUAGACAAUUAUUUGAAAUUGUGGGAGAGUAAUAUGUGAUUGUAGUUAAUUUUUAUUAUCAAGGCUGAUGUAGCGCCAAGUUACUGGUGAUACGGCAAAAAUGGUUAGUAUCACUUGCUAUGGUUACUAGUAACAUCUGCAUACCUAGUAACGACACCACUUGGAGCGUCUUCAAAUUAGACGUUAGUGAACUAAAAAUUACUGAAGCUGUACAGACGCGUAGCUGCCGCACCACAGUCGCGCUAGUGCAGCGCUUUUUUUGUCUACUUUGAAGACGCCCUUACGUCAUAGAUAGAUUGGUAGUUUUAUAAGUUUCUUUUGAACCUUUCAGAUAUGUACUCACUUUAAACCAGAGUUUCUUAACCUGUGGUCCAUAGGCCCUUAAGGGGUCCGUGUGUUGAACGCCAGAGGUUCAUGACGAGCCUACCUAACAUGUUACAUUAAUAUUUUUUUUAUAACAUCAAUAUAAAAAAUGGUAUACAAUAUGUUGUGAGCAAAUAGGUGCAGUGACCUUUUUGAAUUUUCGCGCCCUUUGACGGCUAUACCUUGUAGAAAUUAGCGAGCAUCCUGAAUGCAACC